UGUCCGAGCGUACAAAGAAGAAUAGUUUAAUCUUUCCUCACUAAACGCUAUCCAAACAAGCCCUUCUAUCCACUACCGUAAACUUUUUGAGUCCCUUCUCCCCCUCGCCUCCCCAUCCCCUCCAUUACUCUUGGCGCCAAUAUCAAAAACAUGAGAUCUUGCAAAAUAAUAACCCUAAUCCCCACAUCCAUAUCUUCCAUCGGAACAUCCAAACAACAUUUCUUCCAUCCCAAGCCCUUCUUUCCUUUCCUCUCCCUCAAUUUCCAUUCCCUCUCUCAAUCCCUUGCAGGUUCCAGUUCCUGCAGACUUCUUACAAGGCAUUUUGGGACUUUGCAAGGAGCUGUCUCAUUUGAAUCCACGGAAUUUGCAGCAGACGAAUCGCAAGAUAACUCCGAGAAAAGCGACACCGUAGAGCACUUGCUGAACCACCGUGAUGAUGUUUCGGGACUCAUGAAAAUGGAGAGGAGGACGUCUCCGAUUAUUGACAGUGGAUUCGAGCUCGCACAACGGGUGAGGCGGUGGUUUCCUUACUUGGAUAGGUUUAAGUGUGGGAGUGGUGUACAUUUGACUAGCGGGGAAGUGUUGGAGGCAGUUGGGCCGUACAUAAUGGAGGAGAGGAAGGAGAGAUUUAGGAGUGCGGUUAAGAACCGGAGCUACUCGGUGUGUCUGGUGGUGGAAGGAUUGAGUGACUUUGGGAAUGUUUCAGCUACGUUUCGCUCUGCUGAUGCAUUAGGAUUCCAGUCAGUUCAUGUGGUCUCGUGCGAUAGCUCGAAAAGGUACAGAGAAAAUCGCCAUGUUAGCAUGGGUGCAGAGAAAUGGUUGGACAUUGAACUUUGGGACUCUACCCAAGAGUGCUUUGAAGUUCUAAAAUCACGUGGUUAUAGAAUAGCCACAACACAUGUUGGAAUGGAUGCAGUAUCUGUUUAUGACAUGGAUUGGUCAUGCCCAACUGCAAUAGUAGUUGGAAAUGAAAAUAGGGGGAUAAGUGAUGAAGCCCUGGAACUGUCUGAUUUGCACUGCAGUAUUCCAAUGAAAGGCAUGGUAGACUCGUUCAAUGUUUCAGUUGCAGCAGGCAUCCUCAUGCAUCAUGCUGUUUGUGACAGAAGUUCUCGCCUGGGCUGUCAUGGUGAUUUGACGUCAGAAGAAAGCCAGAUCCUACUAGCAGAGUUCUCCCUGCGUCAUAGCAAGAGUGCAAUAAGCAUCGCACAUGAGUAUGCAAAGCGCAAGGCAGCUACACCCAUGCCAAAGCUUUGAUAGAAACAUGAGUCACGUAAUGUUUUGACUUCUCCAAUAUCCAACUUUGGCAUUUAUAUUUUAGAAAUUCAGAAUCUGAUGGAGUUCUGGCAAUUGGUGUAAAUGCUAUUGUGGAUCCAUUUUAUGCUGCACCAGACCAAGCUACUUGAUUCAAAUUUAUACAGGAGAAAACCCCAGAUUGCUGCUGCAUCUGCUAAUGAAAAAGGUGAGCACAUUAGUUCUUAGUGGCAAGGAACACCUAAACUUGAGGUGUACUUUAACUAAAAAUACUGAGUUACUAGGGAACGUUUAUUUAUUAGUCUGUACUUCAAAUAAUUUUAAUAUCUUAAUUCUAUUUUUUUCAUGCA